AAUCACAUAAUUAACUCACAACCCAAAUUAGGUGGUUAUGCGGACGGAGACGGAUACAACGGGUGGAAAAAAAGAAAAAAAUAGUGUUUACUUUUUUUUUUUAGGCUUAAUUAAAUGGUCCCUUAAAGAUAUUUUAGGUUUCACAAUGGUCCCUUAAAGAAAAAAAGGUCUGAAUUGGUCCCUUAAAGACAUCUCUGUUAGUCACAUUGGUUCCUUCCGUUAAUUUAUCAACCAAAAAUGUAUUAGGUGGACCAACAUUGAAGGUGGUCCACCAUAUACCUCAAUAUAUUUUUUAAUCUUAACCAUUGGAUAUUUUUGAAAGAAAAACAACCAUUAGAUUUUGCAUGUCCACCAGAUCUAAGAGUGCACCAUCACCAACAAAUUUUUUUUCAAUUUCUUCAUCUUCUUCCUUCAUUCCUUCAUCAUUUCUUCAUCUUCUUUCUCAAUUCCUUCAUCAUUUUUUCAAAACUUCAUCAUCCAAACUCAAAAUUUCAAAACAAACCCAAAAAUAAAUAUUUUACAAAAUUGCAAAAGCCUUUUAACUUUUAUUAAAACUUGGUAUUGUUCAUUUCUUUGUCUAGCCGCCGCAGCGAUCUGAUUGCAGCACACAAUACCUUAUUUCAUUCUUUUCUUCUAUUCAAAUAAAACAAAAUGAAGGGUCUUCAUAUGUAUAAAUCAUUUUUUUCCUUUCUCAUUUUUUAUCCCUUUGUUUCAUCUUCUAUCUUCUUGUAAUUACAACACAAGAUCCGGCAAUUACAAUGCCUCUUCUUUCCCUUUCUUCUUCCAACAACACCUCCCUCUUUAAAUCCAUCCUCACCACCACCACCAUUUUACUCAUUUUUUCGGUUUAAAAUUGAAAAUCUAAAAACCCAGAUCUGACAUAAUUAUUUCAUAUAUUUUAAUUUUUCCCUAUUUCAAUUUUUUGAUUCAAUAUGUAGAUUGACUUUUCAAAUAAAGCAGCAACAAUAAUUCUCUAAAAUCUGAUUGUCUUGAUGCGGCGGAGGAUGGUGCUGUUGGGGUUGAAACUUUGCUAGGGAUGAUGAAUCUGAACUACCAUUCUUAUUCUAUUUUAGUUAAAAAAUAUUUCUUUUAAAACUUUCAAUCUGAACCAUUGAAAAUUUUAAAUGACACAUGUCACAUAUAUGUUAAGGAAAUUGGUAUUUGGCCAUAUUGAUUACCGUAGUAUAUCUGGGCUCAUUCACAACUUAACGUUUUUUGAGAAAAUUUAACAGAAGGGACCUGUUUGACUAACAAAUGUAUCAUUAAGGACCAAAAUGAACAUUUUUUUCUUUAAGGGACCAAUAUGAAAUCUAAAAUGUCUUUAAGGGACCAUUUAACUAAUUAAGUCUUUUUUAAAAAAAUAGCCUAGUGAUUAGAAAAUCCAUCUUAAAGAUAAAUAAGUGGAGUAUCCCGAGUUCGAACCGAGCGCCUGUAUAUAAACUGAGCUAUGCUCACAGAGAUGUGUUUACUUUAUUUACAAGUCGUAUAAUGGCUAAAAAAUUUAGUCAUGAAUGUCCGGAGUUCAAACCCCUAACCUACCCAUAAUAUGCGAUGUCCCGAGCCGAUCGAGACAAGUCGGUGUUUACUUUAUAGUGAGAAAAGUGAAUGCUUAGCCACUUAGAACGAAAAUGCCGAAAUUUAUACUACUACUACUAGUUUAGAUCAGCAUCUAACGUGUUAGGUCCUUCAACUAACGUUGGAGAUGGAAGAGGGGAAGCGAGGAACGAUUCUGAUAACAAACGACGACGGAAUCGACGCUCCUGGUUUAAGAGCUUUGGUUGACUCUUUAGUCAACACCAAUCUUUUCAAUCUCUUUGUCUGUGCUCCCGAUAGUGAGAAAUCAGCUGUUAGUCACAGCAUCACAUGGCUUCAUCCUAUAGCUGCUAAACAAGUCCAUAUUCAUGGAACCGUCGCUUCCUUCGCCGUUUCUGGGACUCCGGCUGAUUGCACUUCUCUCGGAAUUUCCAAAGCACUCUUUCCUACAACACCUGAUUUGGUAGUCAGUGGCAUAAAUAGGGGUAGCAACUGCGGCUAUCAUAUUGUUUACUCAGGAACUGUAGCUGGCGCUCGAGAGGCCUUCUUCAAUGAUAUCCCUUCUAUCUCCAUUUCAUAUGAUUGGGUUGAAGGAAAGAGUAAUCCACAUGACUUUGCCCUUGCUGCACAAGUUUGCAUUCCAAUCAUAAACGCUGUAUUGGUUGAGAUAAAGAACCAAAGCUACCCUGGACGAUGGUUUUUGAAUGUAGAUGUGCCAAACAAUGUUGCUAACCAUAAGGGUUACAAGCUAACGAGGCAAGGAAAAAGUAUCUUUAAGAUGGGAUGGAGGCAAGUCGCCUCUGAUACCGAAGAACGUAUAAUGUCAUCUGAUAUGACCAAUACAGAUACACCUACACCUACAAAUUCCGGCACAUCAUCUACAUCACCUGAACAUCGUUUAUUUGCGAGAGAGGUAAGAGGCUCCCUACCUGAUUAUGAUGAUGAUACAGAUCACAAAUCUUUGAAAGCAGGCUAUAUUACUGUUACUGCUCUUGCUGGUCUCACUCAUGCGGAUGUAGAUAGUCAGACCUAUUUUGAGGGUUGGCUACAAAGUGUCCCUAAACACCUCUCAUCGGCAGCUUUAUAAUACUGGGUUGACUUGUGGAUUCUUUUUAUCUGUGGAUUACUCUGGUUCACUCAAAAUGAUGCCAACUCAAACUGAUGUUAAAUCAAUUUUUCAGAGCCUAAGCAGUCUGGUUGCUCUGGUAUGCAAGUCAUCACUCCAUAAUCAUUAUGGGGGCAAUAAAGACAUUUCAACACAUGGAUUGCUUAGCUUUGUUACAUACAUGAAUGAUUAAAAAAAAUUCCUCUAUCAAUCUUAUGGAAAAGCUACAUUCGUUUCUAAAUGACGGUUGUUUAAGGUUUGUGGACAGAAAUUAAGAAAAUGAAUAAAUAAUUGGUUGACUGAAA